ACAACUUUCAGCUGUCAAGAUGGCGCACAGCCUGGCGGAGUUGGACGUUCCCUUGGACGCUGACCACGCCAGGGACCAGGAGAAAGGUGGGCUGAGGCGCUGCAGGGGACGACCCCGGCUCACGGACUCCGACCGAGCACAGAGGCGACUUGAAUCCCGAAAGAAGUACGACGUGAGGAGGGUGUACCUGGGAGAGUCGCACAAGCUGUGGAGUGAGCUCCGCAGGAGGACCAGCCUGAGUGAUGCCGGACUGGCAGAGUACUUGGUCGUUCUCAACACCACCUAUGGAGAAAAGUACCAGCAGAAGUACUGCGGGAAGAAGACUGCUCCAGAAGUCUCGCUGGAAGAGAAACAAGGCAGGAAGGAGCGCGUGUCCAGCCUCCAGAGCCUGGUGUGCUGGUAUCAGGAGCACUCCCGCUCCUGCCCUCACGAGCCUCAGCUCGGUGCCCUGCAGCCCCGGCCCAACGCGUCCACCGCGGCGGUCUGGCGAUGUGACUCGGACCACUCGUUCGUGCAGUACCUUUUCUCGCCGCAGAGGGAGGCGAGUGACUCCGAGCACGAGGAGGGCGUGACCGGAGAGGGCGAUGAUGACGACGAGAGCGUGGCGAAAACGGACGCGCCCGUGGUCAAAUGUGUCGGCAGGAGGAGGAGAAGGGAGGCUCACAAACAUUUCAGAGAUGUGGGCGAAAAUGCAAAUGUUUCUGAGGUGCAAUGUGCAACCCUGAGUCCGGUAGAACAGGCUGCAGCUCUAGACCUCCAUGCCGGUAUGGAGGCCUCCUCCCUGGAUGAUCCAAUGACCGGACAGCCCGUCUGGGAGAUGGAUAUGGUCAUAGAGCGACAGCAAGACUCCCCAGCAGCAGCCUUUCACUCCAUCCCCUCGGAGGAGGAAGAGGAGGAAGAGGGGGAGGAGGACCUGGAGGAGCCUGAGGAUCUGCAGCAAGGCAGAGAUGGAGAUGGAGAAGGAGAGGUUGGGGCCGCGGCGCCUGGAUACGAGUGCGUUACCUUGGCGGCGUCCCUCGCUGAUAGACUGGGGAAGGCGGACGAGGACUCGGUGCUGUCGCAGAGCUUGAGCAGUUCAGCCGGACUGGGAGCUCAGCCGGAGUCGCCUAUCACGCCGCCCAUGCAGGUGGAGGAGCAGAGCGAGCUGUUUGACCCUCACACCCUGCAGACGGUGGUGACCAGCUGCGAGAUCCCUGACCAGAGGACCAAUUUGGAAGGCUCACAGUUAAUUAUCAUCACUGGUCCCAGCUACGAGGCCCUGGCAUCAGAGGGAAUCCAGCUCAAUAUGGGCGGCACAAACGUGGAAGAAGUCACCUGCACCGUCAUCGGGGGCGUCACCUACAAGCAAGUGUCUGAGUCGAAGCUCAGAGCGGCAGAGGACGAGGACUCCAUGACAGGUUUGAGCGACAAACAGCUGCUGCAGCCCAUCGAUGACGCUCUGGAGCUGAGUAGCGACAGAGAGCUGCAGCGGAGUCUGAGCGGUGUCCGGUCAAAGAGAAACAGGCGCGGCCCAGUCAUUGAGGCGGACGGGAUGCUCAAGAUGUUCCACUGUCCGUACGAGGGCUGCAGUCAAGUCUACGUAGCCAUUAGCAGCUUUCAGAAUCACGUCAACCUGGUUCACAGGAAAGGGAGGACCAAGGUCUGCCCCCAUCCGGGCUGUGGGAAGAAGUUCUACCUGUCCAACCACCUGCAUCGCCACAUGAUCAUCCACUCAGGGGUCCGAGAUUUCAUCUGCGAGACGUGCGGAAAGUCCUUCAAGCGUAAGAAUCACCUGGAGGUCCACCGGCGGACCCACACCGGAGAAACACCACUCCAAUGUGAGAUCUGUGGCUACCAGUGUCGCCAGCGGGCGUCGCUGAACUGGCACAUGAAGAAGCACACAUCGGAGGCCCACUAUAACUUCACCUGCGAGUUCUGCGAGAAGCGGUUCGAGAAGCUGGACAGUGUAAAGUUCCACAAGCUCAAGAGCCACCCGGACAAGCAGGCCCCCUGAGGUGUCCGGGCACGCGGUAGAUAGGAGCUAAACGCCAGCGUGACGGCUACCCGGGAAACCAAAGGAAGACUUCCGGUGAAGAGACAGACUUUCCCUCACCGUGCUCGUCUGGCCUCUCGUGUCCAGGAGGAUAUGGACAUCGCUCGUGAACACACACGUAGCAGAUGAAGAGGGCCAGUCUGACCGCCGGACACAAGCCGUUUCAGAGUACACGGCCCCAAACGUGGGUUUAAGACGUAUGUGGUACGGGUGAGGAACCGGCUUAAUCCACUGUUGAUUAAGUGUACCGUUUGCGAAACUCCUGACCCCCGAACUGCUCAUAGCCUAAGAACAAUAAAGGCACAGCAGUUCGGUCAAACUUUGGAUUUCUCCUAAGUUUGAAGUGGUGUGGAUGGCUCAAGUAAGAGAUGCAUACAUCCUCAAUGUAUGAAGAGCCUGGAACAUUAGCAUGGCCAACUAACUAGCUCACGACUUACAAUAGUAAUUAUUAUUAUUAUUAUUAGUUAUUCCUUUCAAUGGCAGCUGUGUUUCACUACAUUAUGUUAUGGUGUUAAAAGUUACAUUUAGAAAAGAAAAAGCUCUGUUCACAACCAGCUGUGUAGUAACGCGGGGGGCUAGUCCAGGAUGCUAUAUCAGAGUUAGGCUAACCUUAGUCAGAAGGUCAAGCUAAACUUGUUUUCCGAGUUGGUGCUACAUUCAGCAAACACAUUGGCCUUUUUCCCUUUGUGAACCAGAUCAAACUCAAAUUAUCAAUACAAAUACAGCAUAAAACGAGCUGCGUGUCUGAGUGUGCUGGAUUAGCAGUUAACAUUUAGCAUGAUUACAUUGGAACAAGCUAACGGUCUUGCGCGUACAUUUUUUCCUUAUCGUACUUCUAAAUACUAUGAAUAGCAAGUUAUUGCUGAUACUUUAUUUCCACGUCUUUUAUGUGGAUCGUCGGCCAGUUCGGGUGCCAGUUUUUUGCUCGAGACAUGUAGUUUGUCUCGGUCUGUUCACGUCUGUGACCAUCAAGGUCAUGUGACCCACUCAGUUUGAAACAUUAAAACGUUUUUGUCAGCCAACCUAUGUCUCAAAAAACAAAUGUGUCAAUGACAGCUAUCAUUUUAGAGGAGGGAGGGGCGCUUAACAAACAGGGCACAUGUAAGGGGAUACUUAUUUGAUAUUAAAUCAGUUAAAAAAUGCAAAAUACUGGUAUGGUACAUUUAAUAAUGAAGUAUGAGCUGAAUAUGAUGGCUUGGUCUUUUAAUGCACCACCAACAAAGAGUAUAGGUGACAUACCUGUGUGGUGGGUAAAUAUGAGCCACAUGAAAUUGUACUUGAAGUUAUGCACGUGAAAUGGACACCAUUGAGGUUUUAGUGCGUUGCUCUGCUCUGCCCGUACGGAUGCAAGUGGAGGUUCUUCAAUUUCAGUCAUUGGACAGAUUGAGUGUGGACCCAGGACCGCAGUGUUCCUCCUACAGUUACAUGGCCCUCAUCUGUGUUUCCCCCAUCCCAACGUCCUGACUCACAGGAUCUGAUGAGAAAUCCUGUGAGUUAAAAGUGACCCCCCUCCCCACCACCAAGUCCUCUUCUUGUGUUCUCUGUCCUCUUUUAGUUUCUAAGCAAAUGCACUUUUUGCCCUUCGGUCGUUUUUUGUGAACUGAUGAAUCACUCCCGAUAUGUGAGUAUGAGUUGUGUUUGUCCUGAAAGAUAUUGGUUUGACACAAGUGGUUAAUAAUAUGCAGCGUUGGUUCUUGUGUAACAUGCUCAAAGUGUGUGUGUGUGUGUGUGUGUGUGUGUGUGUGGGCGUGUGCAUGAAUAGCAAGAUGUGGCAUGAAUAGCACAAGUAUCACAACACUUCGUCAUAAAAUGACAGCUUCUUUCAGUCAGCCGAGUGUCGGACAUGCAAAAUGUUUUCUGGAUUCUUUGCAUGUUGAUAUGAGUUGAAGCAGGAACGAUGGGGAGUCAUUUGAAUGGUGGCCAUGUUUAUUGGUAUAAAAUUGAUUUUUAGUUAUUUGAGUAUGUGAGGAUGUAUUAUUUUUUAUUGGUUCCCUUUAUACGGGCCCGUUCCAUAUAUUCUUUGCACUCGGUCAUGUGGCGUCACCAAAUAACGACUUGUCGUCAGUAUUCUUCUGCUGUAAAUCAUUCUUCCUUCUCUGGCAGUUGAGUUGGUAAUUGCCGCCUUUCACUCUCUCUGUUCUUGUUCAUCUUUGUUUAAAAAUGAUUCAGAUGAAGUGAAUGUCACACUGACCUGUCGAAAA